AUGAAUGAAAGAGCGCACACUACUUACUUCAUGCCUACCUGUGAUGAGGGGCCUCCUGCCCUCUAUUUCGCCCCAGCCAGGUGGAUUUUCCGACACUAUUUCUGUUGUUCCCUACCCAGCAGGAUGCUAGAGGGCCCCUUGCUGGAGGAGUCAGAGCCAGGCGCUGAGGCGCCCUGCUCAGGGUCUUGCCACGCGCAGCGCGUCCUGCAGACCCUCAACGCCCACCUUCGGAGCGGCACCCUCACCGACGUGGUGCCGCGCGCUGGCGGCCACGACUUCCCGUGCCACCGAGCUGCGCUUAGCGCGGGCAGCGCCUACCUCCGCGGCCUGUUCGCGGCCGGGCAGCCAGAGCGUGGUCAGGCCGUGGUGCCCGAGAUGCCGGGCGCAGGGCGGCCCAGGGCGGCAGCAGCGCUGGCCGCGGUGCUCGACUCCCUGUUCGGCUCAGGCGUGCAGCUGCGCGCCGAGGACGCGGCGGCCGCCGCGCGGGAGCUGGCCGAGCGGCUGGGCGUGGCGGGCCCCCGCGCACGCUUCCUCCAGGGCCGCCUCCGCGCCGCCCACAGCCUGGCGCCGCGCCACGUGCCCGCCUGCUCGCUCCCCUCCCCGGCGGAGCGCUGCGGCCGCGCGCUGCGCCGGGACUUCACAGAGGUGGUGCGCCACGCCGACUUCCUGGAGCUGGCGCCCGAGGAGGUGGCCGCGCUGUUGGCGGACCCAGCGCUGGGCGUGGCGCGCGAGGAGGCCGUGUUCGAGGCGGCCAUGCGCUGGGUGCGUCACGACGCGCCGGCCCGACGCGGGCAACUGCGGCGCCUGCUGGAGCACGUGCGCCUGCCCCUGCUGGCGCCCGACUACUUCCUGCAGAAGGUGGAGGCUGACGAGCUGCUGCGGGCCUGCUGCGAGUGCCGCCCACUGCUACUCGAGGCCCGUGCCUGCUUCAUCCUGGGCCGAGAGGCCGGUGGGCUGCGUACGCGGCCACGGAGAUUCAUGGACCUAGCUGAAGUGAUUGUGGUCAUUGGCGGUUGUGGCCGCAAGGGGCUUGUGAGGUUGCCCUUCGUCGACGCCUACCACCCAGAAAGCCGGCGCUGGACCCCACUGCCCAGCCUGCCUGGCUACAUGCGCUCAGAGUUCGCUGCCUGUACUCUCCGCAAUGACAUCUACGUCUCAGGAGGCCACAUCAACAGCCAUGAUGUGUGGAUGUUUAGCUCCCAUCUGCACACCUGGAUCAAGGUGGCCUCAUUGCACAAGGGCAGGUGGAGGCACAAGAUGGUGGUCUUGCAUGGACAGCUGUUCGUGGUGGGUGGCUUUGAUGGACUGCAGCGCCUGCGCAGCGUGGAGCGCUACGACGCCUUCUCCAACACGUGGGAGUCUGCGGAGCCGCUCCUGGAGGCCGUGAGCUCAGCAGCGGUGGUGCCCUGUGCUGGCCGGCUCUACGUGAUUGGGGGUGCCAGGCAAGACAACAUCAGCACAGACAAGGUGCAGUGCUUUGACCCCAAGGAGGACAGGUGGAGCCUGCAGUCACCAGCACCCUUCUCACAGCGAUGCCUUGAGGCUGUCUCCCUCGAGGACACCAUCUAUGUGGUGGGGGGCCUCAUGAGCAAAAUCUUCACCUACAACCCUGGUGCAGAUGUCUGGGGGGAGGCAGCUGUCCUCCCCAGCCCCAUGGAGAGCUGUGGCGUGACUGUGUGUGACGGGAAGGUCCACAUCACUGGUGGGCGGGAUGAUCACGGGGAAAGCACCGACAGGGUCUUCACCUUUGACCCCAGCAGUGGGCAGGUGGAGGCCCAGCCGCCCCUGCAGCGCUGCACCAGCUCCCACGGCUGCGUCACUAUUGUCCAGAGCCUGGGCAGGUGACUCAGAUUUGGACAACCUGAGCCAGGAGGCAGAGAAAGAAGGGAGAACUCAGGCUCACCGCUCUGCUUCCCUCAUGGAACCUCCAUGUAAAUAGCCCCUUAACUUACUGCCCCCUUUCUUGUAGAAAUAAAAUGUCAUCCAAAGGUUGGGUCUGUGUUCCAGCUCAUGCCUGCUU